CGGGCCCUGCGGAAGUGCGGGCCGCGCCCUGGAUGCUGUCGCCCGCGGCCACGCUUGGCCGCGUCGGGCGGGGUCGCCUGGAGCCUCCCGGUUUGGACCGGAUCGCCGCUUUAUCUGUUUCUUUGGCGGACACCCCUCAGAGGGACGACGGCGUGGGGCCUUGUGUCAGGGCUGAUCCCUGCGCAUCGCCUGCAGGGAUCCGAGUGGGUUUCUGGGAGACAUUUGGGGAUCUGCGGAACUGAAAGGGACCCGAGGCGCUUCCGUCCUGGUGUCCCAGGCUAGAGGUGAGCAUGGCAGAACAGGAACCCACUGCUGAGCAGCUUGCCCAGAUAGCGGCUGAGAAUGAGGAAGAUGAGCACUCAGUCAACUACAAGCCCCCAGCCCAGAAGAGCAUCCAGGAGAUCCAGGAACUGGACAAGGAUGAUGAGAGCCUUCGAAAGUAUAAGGAAGCCCUGCUGGGCCGAGUGGCUGUCUCUGCAGACCCCAAUGUCCCCAACGUCAUUGUGACCCGCCUGACCUUGGUGUGCAGCACCGCCCCGGGCCCUCUGGAACUGGACCUGACAGGUGAUCUGGAGAGCUUCAAGAAACAGUCAUUUGUGUUGAAGGAAGGUGUGGAAUACCGGAUAAAAAUCUCUUUCCGGGUGAACAGAGAGAUCGUCUCAGGCAUGAAGUACAUCCAGCACACAUACAGGAAAGGGGUCAAAAUUGACAAGACUGACUACAUGGUCGGGAGCUAUGGGCCCCGGGCUGAGGAGUAUGAGUUCCUGACACCCAUGGAGGAGGCCCCCAAAGGCAUGCUUGCUCGGGGCAGUUACAACAUCAAGUCCCGCUUCACAGAUGAUGACAAGACUGACCACCUGUCCUGGGAGUGGAAUCUCACCAUCAAAAAGGAAUGGAAGGACUGAGCUCCAGCUGGGAGGUGGGCAGGGCGACGGACAGACAGAAGGACCGACAUGCCCCACCCUAGACCCCUACCCACCCCAAACCAAAGUGCUGACAGGACCCCCCCUCACCAUUCCUCCCUGGUCCACUCAGGCGGGCAGCUCUUCUGUCUGCCCUCCUCCACCUCCUGCCUGCAGGCCCCCGUGGUCUCCAGUGUCACGUUGCUGCUUCUGCCUGUACAGUGGGGGAGGGGUUCCAGCCUAGGCCUCCAAUCUGCUGUGUACCUCCAGGUUCCCUCUGUCUUCCCUUCCUCAGGCCCUGGCUUCUAGAAUGGAAUGGAACACUGUCUGGGUUGCCCAGCCAACUCUGUCUCUGCCCCAGCUGAGCUAGGUUCCUCAGCAUGAGCAAGGGCUGUCUGUCUGUCCUCCACCCCACCACUCCCUGGCCAGGUCAUCCGUCACUGUCAGUCACUGUCUAACCAUGAUGCCUUAACAUGUGGAGCGUGUGCUGGGGGCCGUCGCUAACUCUUAACUCCCCGUCUGCAUGAGCAUGUGGUCUCCCCGUCCUUGCCUUGUCUGCCAUCCCCAUCCUGGUGACCCACCCCGAGAGGCCUGGGGUGUGCUGCCGUAGCUUCCUGCAGGCCUGGCCAGCUCGUCCCCUCUCCCAGUGGCCAGGGCUGAGGGUGGCUCCAGUAGCGAGGGGAGGGUCAGUUGCCAAAACUCAAUGCCUCCAGCCCCAUCGAGGAGGCAGGAUAGGGUGCCUCAUUCCUCUGCCUUCUCUGUCCUCUAGGCAGCACUCAAAGCCCCUGUCCCCACAGAGAGCCCCCGAGGGACAAAGCCAGCCGAGCCUUACUUGUCUCACCUGGGCCCUAUGGCCUGAACCUCGUGCCUGGCCUGUCAGUAUUUAUUGCCUCCAUUUGGGCCAGCUGGCCUGAUGCCUCUGCCCUGGCUCUUGGUGCCACCAUCCCUGGGCAGGCCCUCUCCGGACCCAGCCAGGACAGACGUGGGACCAAGUGCACACAGUUGGGAGCUGUCUCCUGUGCCUCCCUCCCCAUCCCCGUUCCCUGUGUGGUUUCUGCCAGGCCUAGGCCUCAACAGGCAGAGGAGCCUGUCCCUGCUUCUCUUCUGACUGGGAAAUAAACACCCCUGAAGGAGUC